AUGCGAGCUCCUCCGCGCGCGCCGUCCCCCCGCGCGAGCGCGGCGAGGACGCUCGAGCGGACCAUCGCGCUCGUCGUCGCCGUCGUCCUCAUGACCGCCGCGGUCGCGAAGGGCGCCGCGGUGUCCGCGCGGUACGAUCCGUCGCUGUCGCCCUCCGCGCGCGCGUCCUUCGCGUCCGCGGAGCGCUUUCUCGGGUUCGGCGGAAACGGCGGCGAGGAGCCCCACCCGGCGAGGUACGGACGGCACCCCGGGACGGACGUCCCGCGCCUGCCCGGGCUGACCCGCGGGUGGAUGUUCGGCGCGCGCGCGAACGACCUGUCGGACGCGCAGUGGAGAGAUUUCCGCGGCGGGCUCCCGAAGCUUCUCGCGCUCGCGGCGAUCACGACGCCGCUCGUGGCGCUCGUCCGACGCCGCGCGCCCAAGUCGUGGAUCGUCCCGUUCCACGUCGUCUACGGCCUCGCGUUCGUCUCUUACCUGCACGGGCUCGGGACGCUGUGGAUCCUCGCGCUGAUGCUCGCGCACUUUGUCGUCGUCGCCGCCGCCGCCGGGACGCCCCGCGUCGGCGCCGUCGCGACGUGGAUCAGCGGCGCGGCGUGCCUCGGUCUGUCGCAGUACCACGCCGCGCGAUGGCGCUUCGGCGACAUCGCCGCGUCGUUGGCGUGGAUGGACGGAGCGUCGUUCAAGGGCGCGAUGCCGCGGUGGUACAUCAGCUUCAACCUCCUGACGCUGCGGCUGAUCUCGUACGGGUUGGACCUGCACGCGCGGCGGUCGCGGUCGCGGUCGCGGUCGAGGCGGCGGGGGGACGCGGACGCGCGCGCGAAGAAAAACGACGACGACGACCUCGAGCCUCGCGCGCCCGCGCCCGCGAUGCGCGACGACGACGACGACGACGACGACGACGACGACGACGGCGCGCGCGCCGCGUAUGCCGCGAUCGUCGAGACCGCGUCCCCCGACGUUCGGUACUCGCUCGCGGAGUACGUCGCGCACGGGCUGUACCCGCCGCUGUAUCUCGCCGGGCCGACGAUCACGUUCAACGCGUUCGCGUCGCAGAUGUACGCGCCGCAGCGGACGUACUCCGCUCGCGGGGUGAUCACGUACGCGGUCGUGAAGUUUGGGUUGAUUUUGUCGCUGUGCGAGCUGUGGACGCACACGCAGUACGCGAACGCGAUCGCGAAGACGAGGGCGUGGACGUGGCGGCGGGUCGCGAUCGAACCCGGGGCUAGCCACGGCGGUGAUUUCGGUCCCAUGGAGGUGGGCGUCACGAGCUUGAUGGUGUUGAACUUCAUGUGGCUCAAGUUCGCGGUGAUGUGGAGAUUCUUCCGCCUCUGGGCGCUCCUCGGCGGCGUCGAAGCCCCGGAGAACAUGCUGCGGUGCGUGAAUAACAACUCGACGAUCGCGGGGUUUUGGCGCGGGUGGCACGCGUCGUAUAACAAGUUCCUCGUCCGGUAUUUAUACAUCCCUCUGGGCGGGGCGAAGUACCGAGUCUUGAACGCGUGGGUGAUAUUCGGGUUCGUCGGCGCGUGGCACGAUGAGAUAUCGUGGCGGCUGAUGUACUGGUCGCUCAUAUUCGCCGCGUUUCUCGCGCCGGAGGUUGGCGUCGUCGCGCUCGGGAACGCGCUCUUUCCGUCCGCUGUGUACAAAGAAACGUUCACUUAUCGUGCGUUACGGUCCCUCCUCGGCGGGCUGAACGUCCACGUCCUCGUCGCGGGGAACAUGGUCGGUUACGUCGUCGGCAUGGACGGACUCCGAGAGCUCGUGCGCGCGUACUGCGGAUCGGGGCUCGGGGACGCGGUUAGGUUUUUCCUCUGUUCCACCGCCAUGUGCGCGGCGGCGGCGUACCUCGGUUUCGAGCAGCGCGCGGGGGAGACGCGCGCGGUUUCUGCGGCGGCGGGGACGCGGUCUCGGAGGAAGAAGUCGAACUGA